CCCGGCUGCUCCCAGGAGCUGCCGCUGGGCGGGCCGGAGCUCGGCGCUCCCCUCAGGAAGUUAUUUUAGAAAGAAAGAAUACAUGUAAGAAACAAGAUGUCUCAUGCUGGGAGACGAUACCAAGAUAAGCAAUACAGGCACCAUGAGAACCAUGGAUCUGAUAGAUACGAGGAAGACAGAAGAGCGAGAAAACCAUACCCAUACAAUGCAAGCAGGAUACAAUAGAGAGAAGCAGCUGCAUCAGAAGUACCAAAGGGAUUGCUUUCAAGUUAACUGGAAGUCUUAUAAAUCACAGAGCUUAUUUAAUUUAUGUGACACAGCUGCGCAGGAUGCUUUGGUGGUUGCACAAGACACGGGACAAAGAUCAACAGAAGACAUCCGAGGUGGCGAGCACUCAAGGACUUCUACUGAUUGCUUAGACCCUUACUCUAAAACCUCAGGAGCAGCACGGGAAUAUUUUGGCCCACCACCAGAGUGUUAUCCUCCCAAGGAAACCUUCUCGAUGAAGUGUUCAAAGGUAUGCACAACAAGAGGCAUUUUGAAGUUUGUGGAAAUCACGGUUAACCUCCUGGUGCUGAUUUGUGUGGGUGCUGCCCAAGCCUCUGUUGCAGGCUUCACGUCCCUUGGCGGCUUCGGCACUGGAUCCUUUAGCCUGAAUUCGGCCUAUAGCCCCUUUGAGGGCACAGAGCUCCGGGAGGUGAGGGAGCUAGACAUGCAGUUCACCCAGAUGAGAGCCCCUUGCGUGUACGGCGGAGUCGCCUUCAGCUUAACAGCAGCAGUACUUACCCUCGUCUUCCUUGUCGUGGGGGCAAAACCCAUCCAGCAGCUCAGGAUGGGGCUGCUGGUAAGCGAGUGUGCCUUCAACCUGCUGGCCGGCGUGGCGUACGUCGCGGCGGUCGGCCUCUACCUGCAUUUCGUCAGCCAGGUGAACUCCACAGAAGUUUGCAAGAGGCGCGAGAGGCUGUACGCACGCCGUGGCUAUACCUCCAUGAACUGUGUGGUCCAGGGCGGCGACGCGGCCGUCGGCCUUUUUGGCGUCGCUGCCGCCUGUUUGUACUUUGCCAGCUUUGUGGUCUGCAUCCUUGCUAUCCGAACUGUCCGCGCCUUCCAGAGUCAUGCAGCCAAGGCUCAGCACAGCCCCAAAAGUGGCAUUAGAGACAGAGGCGUCAGAAACCACCAUGCUGUCCACAGGACCUCUGAAAGCUCCCACAACGUCCAGGCUCUUGCCACGUUAGUGUGAAGUCAGCUCUGGGACUGUGCCAGUGAGCUGGGCCUUCAGCAAGGGACAGACACUGGGUGUCGCAUGCUAAACAGGCGACCAGUCCACAAUAUAUUGUCCUACAAGGUGCUGAAGUGUAUUGAAUCACCAAAUCUAACAAUACUGCUAUAACAUGAUGUAAUAAAAUUGACAUUGAGCAGAUGUUUUAACAAGG